AUGGAAGUAAAGGUGUCAGUGGAUGGUGUCCCACGUGUGGUCUGUGGCGUUACAGAGUACACAACAUGCCAAGAAGUGGUCAUAGCGUUGGCUCAAGCCCUGGGUCAACCUGGACGCUACACGUUACAGGAGAAAUUUAAAGACUUUCAGCGGUGCAUGACGCCCAAUGAAUGCCUUCUGGAGACUCUUAAGAAGUACGGUGAGCAGGCCAGGGAGGUCCAACUCACGCUACUCCACAAGGGACCCUCAGCCUGGGAUGAAAUGAGCAGGACAAAAGUUGGCAGAUACCAGCCCUGCCCGCCAUUGAGAAGAAAAGAUGCAGGUACCAGAAUGCGGCGGGGCAGUGGUUCACUAAGUUUGCAUCGUCAAAGCUUGCCACCUCUGUCCUGUUUAAAACAAGAGGCUGAGCAGCAAAAAGAGGACCUGAAAAGACCCAAAAGAAAGUCUCUGACUCUCAUGGAGGAAGCUUGGGAAUGGCUGGAGAGUCUUGGUAAAGGCAAGGUCUAUAGUACUGCCUGUGAUAAGGAAAGCAAUAAGAGGACCGAUAAAAGGAAUCGUACCUCUCUGGAUGUUUCUGUCACUGUUGACAACUCAGGUCAAAGUAGUAGAAGCAAAGUCAGAGGUCAAAAAAGUUUAAAGUCAGACUUGGAUCAUCAAACAUCCUGCUGCAUGGGAAGUCAGACGAUGGGUAGAGAAAGCAAGCACUCCAAAAAAUGUCAAGAGGAAAAAUCUGAUGACGUGUCCAGUUCAGGCUGUGCUACAACUGAAGAUGAGAAAAAUAGCCUAACAGAAACCAUAAUAUGUCAACUCAGUUGUUUGCAGGAUUUACAGGUCCAGAUAGCACGCACAGACAAACAGAUUUUUGAUCUUGAGGAAAGACUGAGGGCCAAAAAAGCUGAGCAGGAAGCUCAGCAGAGAAUGGUUGAGGAAGAGAUGGAACAGAUCAAGUUUUGGGAGAAUGAAUUAAAGGCAGAGGAAGGUUACGAGAAAGACUUGCAGUGUCAGUUCCUUGAAAUGAGGGUGAAGGCUCUGGAGUGCAAGCGGAAAAUGCAGGGGCACGAAUUCUUCGCUACACAAAACGCUCAAGAGGAUUCUGAGAUGGUUUCAAAAGUUGUUUCAAAUGCUGCCACUAAGAUUUCAGCUGUUUCAACUAAAAACCUAAAUCUGCAACAAUCUGAUCCAGAUGGGAAUGUAAAUAUUAACAGGAAGUCCCUGCCCAGAGAAGACUUAAACCCUCCUCAUGCUCUAGUUCCUACCAACCAAAUAAAGGAGCGACGGCCCACAGGGCCUACUGAACUGAGGGAGUGGUGGACACGUUGGUCUGAAGCCCAAAGCUCUCCAUCACAGACUAAAAAGAAGGUGAUUCACCGCUCUGAGCUCACUAUAUAUCUGGGCAGCACCAAGGUUUAG